AAGAUGACGGAGGCGAUGAUAAGGAAGAAGGCAGGGAUGGCGAGUGUGAAGGAUAUGCCUUUGCUUCAAGAUGGUCCGCCACCGGGUGGAUUCGCCCCGGUCCGAUAUGCUCGCCGGAUAUCCAAUACGGGUCCUAGCGCCAUGGCUAUUUUCCUUACUGUCUCUGGUGCGUUUGCUUGGGGGAUGUAUCAGGUCGGCCAGGGUAACAAAAUCCGCAGGGCGUUGAAGGAAGAGAAAUAUGCUGCUCGUAGAGCUAUACUUCCCAUUCUUCAAGCUGAAGAAGAUGAAAGGUUUGUGUCCGAGUGGAAAAAGUACCUGGACUACGAGGCAGAUGUAAUGAAGGAUGUUCCGGGAUGGAAAGUUGGCGAGAACGUUUACAAUUCUGGUCGUUGGAUGCCACCAGCCACUGGGGAACUCCGUCCUGAUGUCUGGUGAUAUCUUCUAAGUUACUCACAAAUGCAUUUGAUGAUGAUGGUGAUGAAUGAAUGAAUACUUCAAUGUUGGUUAAUAAAUGUUCUUUGUUUUAUCUUUUACAUUGGGUAAUAAGAGGAAGAAUGAUUCAACAGACACUUGGUUUUGCUGGAACUUAAUCUGUGUGUGUGUUUGUGUAAUUGUUUCAAUGGUAAAAUGAGACAGAAACAGUUUUUAUCAAUAAGAAUGCGAGAUUGGUUUA